UCGAUGAUCUUCAGCUGCAGCUUGUGAAGUCGCAUCAUGGAGCGUAAACUGGAUCUCUCCCGUCUGUCGGACGAAGAAGCCAAACAUGUCUGGGAGGUGAUUCAGAGAGAUUUUAACCUCCGCAAGAAAGAAGAGGAGAGACUGGGCGAUCUGAAGACGAAGAUCGAGAAGGAGGACACGAAGCGAGAGCUGCUGGGCUCUCAGAGCAACGUGUCCGACUCGCUGUGCAUCCGCUGCCUGCAGCCCUUCAAGUUCCUGGUGAACAGCAAGCGCCAGUGUCUGGACUGUCGCAUGUACACCUGCAAGUCCUGCAGCCGCUACAACAAGAAGGAGCACGGCUGGGUGUGCGACAACUGCCGCAUGACCAGGGUGCUGAAGAUCGGAACUCUGGGUUGGUACCACGACAAUGUGAGGAACCGCUUCAAGCGCUUCGGCAGUGCCAAGGUGAUGAGGUCACUGUACAAGAGGCUGAACGGAGACGGUGGCCGUGACGAUGACACUCAGAGUAUGCCGGACGUCCGCAACCACAUGUACAACGGUAACGAGGACGACCAUGCGGAGGCCGAAGCUCAGCGCUACAAAGUGAUGAGGAAGAGUAAACGCCUGCUGUCGGUCCAUCCUAUGGACUUUGACAACGAGGAAUAUCUGCCUCACUCACGCCGUCCGUCUAUGCAGCAGAUGCAGGACGAUCGGUGUUACAGGAACGAUGUGGACUACGACUAUUACAACCACCGAAUGAACCGCAGGAAGAGUCUGGACCGAUACGCCAUUCCUCCCAAUCACACCCCUCCAAGUUUCACCGUCAUUGCCCANAACCGGAUGGUCCGGACUCGCUCUCUGUCUAAGAUCAGCUCCUCGGUUGCUAGGCAACAGUACGUGGACACCUCGGAUGAGGACGAGUACCAGAGAGGCCCUCCGAUGUACCAGCAGCCGCCUCACCGCCGCAGGAACAGCCGAGCGUCCUCCCAAGAGAACCUGGGCCAAGCCCCACCCAUGAACGAGCUGAACAAGCGAAUGUCGGCCAUCGAGAGUCUGCUGAGCCGCCUGGAGGAGAAGAUCGCGCCUGGAGACGAGGCCUCCGGUCCGUCGGCUCACAACGAGGAGGAGAAGCUGAGGAGGAAGCUGAGCGAGCUGGCGGGGAACCUGAGCGACAAGGCGCUGUCGUCGGACGACGAGGCCGCCAGGAAGCCCUUCUCUGUGGGGAAGAGCUCGGCUGGCGCCAGGCUCGGCUCGGCGCUCGCUCUGGACUCCCUGAAGGAUAAAGAGCUGAGUUCUUCCAGCGACGAGAUGCCCACCGAGGCCCAGAAGAGAUCGACCGCCGCCGCCCUCUGUGACCUCACCACUGAGGUCCUGAGAACCAUUAAUGCCACAGAAAACGCAAUGGUCGAGUACGGCCUCGCAGAGCCGACCGACAGAACCCCGUUAGCCGGUUCUGACGUAAAGCAGGCCGAUGACGCGUUCAGGGAACUUGAGGAAAAUGUAAGCAUGACCUCGUUCUGCUGUGGCGAUGUUCCACGUCCCCAGAGCUUGUCUACGCCACCAGGGGGCGGUACGCCAGGACGCUCCUACGUACCACCUGGUGGGCAUAGCACCCGACCCCAAUCUUCUGCCCUGAGGGUAGUGGGCCCUCUGAGCAGUGGCCCCAUGUUACUUCUUCAGGCUGUGCUCGCCCGAGCACCAUGGGGCCCCAAGGUUUCCGACAUCGAGACGAAAAUCGCAGUUCUGAGCGCCGUCGGAUCCAAGAAGAAGGUUUCUGGAUCUCAUCAGAGGAAAAAGGCGACGCAGGAUUUACCCAAAGCUAACGGAGCUCAGUGGAAAACCAACAACAUGUUCUGAGGCUGACGCCACCUGCUGCUGCUGGAUCCUCACAGAACUUCAGCUGGUUCUGUCCAGAACCCACAGAGACACCAGACGACGCUAUCUGUAGUAUUUUACCUCAAAAGCUAAAAUAAAUACGAAACCUAACGUUAGGAAGAGAAAUGUGCGCACUGCGAUCAGAACGUUGUGAGACUUCAGUCUGGGAGGAGACGAGGAAGGAGAACGUUCCUUCACCGUUCAAGUGAAUGUUCUCCUCAGAACGUGACAGCAAACCGAUGCUGAGCGAUCCUGAUCAGAGACACAAAGUCAGAUAGAACCAGGUAGAACCAGGCAGAACCAGAUGGAACCAGGUAGAACCAAGUAGAACCAGAUGGAACCAGAUAGAACCAUGUAGAACCAGGCAGGACCAGAUGGAACCAGGUAGAACCAGAUAGAACAAGAAGGAACCAGCUCAGCUGUUCUGCUGCCUGUUCAGCUUAGAACACCUUUGGAUUCACCACAAAUGGACCCAAAGUCUCAGAACCUUUGAUCGCAGCUCAAACACAAACAUCAGAACCGUUUGGAUUUCUGUCAUUUAUCUAAAGUGAGACUAAAUGACAGACACA